GCGUCGUAUUGAUUUGAUAAGCAGUCGGAAGAGAUGAUUACAGAGGAAAUGUCAUCCUGACUAGAGGUAGGACUGCAGCCACAAGGUGAAGUUUUGUACAGGGAGAAAAUUCAAUGGAAUCCUCAGCAGACAAGCAGUCUGAAGCACUCCUUGACAGAAUGACCAACUCUCAGACCAAUGUUAGAGUAUCUGAACAGCAUGAAUGUCCAGACGGCCAAAGCACUGCAGCCCACAGGGGUACUGAGCAGGGGGACGAUGCCUUCUUUGACUGUGUGGAGUCUCUGAAUGGAGCAGACGGCUCCAUGGGUGACAGACAGAGAAGGACUGACUGUUCAGAAGCCCCAUCAUUAUUCCAGGAAACAGAGGGAUGUUCACCAAACACAGAGAAAAAACACGUCAAUACAGAGUUAGGAGGAGAAGAAGCCGAGUUGUCAGGGGCGAGAACUACAUUAUUGGGAGGUGAAGAAGAGGAGGGAAAAGAAACUUGGGAUGAGUGCACUGAAGAAGACAAGAGUAUGGCAGUUGAAGGGGGAGAUUCUGAUACUGAACUGAAUGAAGAAGAGAACGCUCCUCCUGAAUUUGAUGAGGAGUAUCUGAGACAAGUGGAGAAAGACAUGACAGAGGAGGAAACAGAGAGCCGCAGAGAGGAGAGCAUGAGCCUGAAGGACAAGGGGAACAGUCAGUUCAAGAGUGGAGAGCACACUGAGGCAGAGGAGUCGUACACUGCAGCUUUAGGAUUAUGCCCUGUGUGUUCCAGCAAGGAGAGAGCUAUCCUCUUCUCUAACCGUGCUGCUGCCCGACUGCACCUGGAUAAGAAUGAGAGAGCCAUCGCCGACUGCACCAAGGCCAUAGAGUUGAACCCAAACUACAUGCGAGCGAUCCUGCGGAGGGCAGAGCUCUAUGAGAAAACAGACAAGCUGGAUGAGGCUUUGGAAGACUACAAGGCUGCUCUGGAGAAAGACCCCGACCUGCCUUCAGCCAGAGAGGCCUGCAUGCGGCUUCCACAACAGAUCCACGAGCGAAAUGAGAAGCUGAAGGACGAUAUGAUGGGCAAACUGAAGGACUUGGGCAAUAUGUUCCUGCGGCCAUUUGGUCUGUCCACAUCAAACUUCCAGGUAAACCAGGAUUCGGGCACUGGAUCCUACUCUGUCAACUUUGUUCAGAAUCCUAACAACAACAGAUCACAGCAUGAGGAGCCUGUCUGAGAGCCGUCGUCACACCUGGCUUGGCCACCCAUCCUCAGAGCUAAGAGACGGACAGUCAGGAUCCUCCACUGGUGUGUCAGAGUGGGAUCCAUUUUGAAAUUUAAAAGGCAGUCUUUCAUGGUUAAAUAAGAUUGUGUGUGAGAGAUGGUGGGCAAUCUGAAAGGGCCAUUAAAUAAGUGACUGUUA